UCAGAUGAUCCAACUAAAGUAAAGCCAUUUACGGAGACUACUAUUACGCUAACAAAGGAGACGGCAGGCCUUGGUCUUGGAAUUGUUGGCGGAUCAGAUACUUACUUGGUAGGUAAACUACAGUCACUGCCGGUUCAUCCUUGGAGACCCAGGGGCAGAUAGUAGGAUCGAGGGAAGUCUAAACGGGCGGGAAAAAUGGCAGGAAGAAAAGUAAUUUUAACGCCAUUUUUUUUCGGCCCGUUUAGACUCGCCCCCACUAUCUGCCCCUGGCUCUCCGAGGAUGCCCCCAGUCUCGAAUAGGCUCAGUCUCCUGUCUUGGGCGUCUUUGAUGCACCCGCGGUACUCCCCAACCGAGUGAAGAGUACCGUGCGUACGCCAGUCUCACCCUCCAGUACGGACACAAAACUGGUCACAGACCUUAUACAACGCGCCUACCGUCAUAAAAGUUUUAAAAAUACUCCUUUUAUUGUAAAGAAGAAGGUUAGUAUUGUCAAAAGGACUUCAGGUUAGCAAUUGUCAAACCCAACAUCUCCAGCUUAUAAAUCGCAUUUCUUCUUUGCGCUUUGUCUCUUAGAUCAGAACGGAGGCCAGUUGUUAGUUAUCUGUUAGCAUAUAACUAACUUAUCUGUAUAUAGGUUGCGCUGAUUUCCAAAUUAGCUGUAGUCUCUUAGCCAAUGAGAAGACAGAUAAUGAGUACAGUGUAUAAUAAUAACUAAUAUCGUCAUCAAUGUCGUGAAAAUAACACGUGGUGCUGGAAAAGAACUACAAAAAUGGUCAUGCUGGGAAUUACACUAAUUGCAGAGAGAAGUUGUCAUCAAUGUUUUGGAGCCUGGAGGCGCAGCAGCUAAGGAUGGAAGACUUGCUGUUGGGGACCAGAUCCUCGAGGUGAGUCUAUCAACGAUUACUUAUUUAAUAAAGUCUAUCUACUUAUUUACAUUGGGGUGUUAAAACCAAACAGCACCACAGCUCCAGUUCGUACUUCCCAGGUAGUGAUGAAAGGUGGAUAAAUAUCAUUUGCACUGUAUAAGGGCAUCUUAAGGUGUUUUUUUUUUUUUCGGAUGGGUACACCCAAAAAAUAAUACACAGUUAACGGACACAAGUCCAAAUCAGUCUAUUGAAACAAGAAUUAAUGAAAAAAUAAAAUAAAAUAAAACGAAAAUAGUAAAUAAAAAAAGCGACAUUGAUAAAGGAAUCUUAGUCAGAUCUGCCUUUUUCGCAGGUCAAUGAUGACAGUCUUCGAGAUAUAAGCCAUAAAAAAGCAGUGUCCGCCUUGAGAUUGGCAUCGUCUCCUGUUAGAAUAACAAUUUACCGUGAAGAUCCUGAGUCAAUUUUCACUUCAUAUGAAGGUAAUGAGUGCUUUCACAACAACCUUAAAUUUAUCGAUCUUAUUGCUGGUAAUACCUACCAUUCGCCCAUCAUAAUUCCUUUUUGUUUGCUUGUUAUUUUUUUUGUUAAUUGUUACUUUUAUUUUUGAGGAUAUAUCUUGGACAACACCCUUAUUUUCCUGGCAUCCAACGAUUCAUGUCUUACACUUUCUCCUUGUAUUCUGUCGAUGCAGAACCCUCAGCAAUAUUUGAAGUGAAUUUGGUAAAGUCUAUCACCGAUUACAUUGGGCUUAGCAUUCUUGCAAGAAAGUACGUAUUCAUACAAUGAUGUUUUGUGAAAAAAGCAAGUUUCUUAAGUUUCUUUUCUCUUUUUCCAUCCUUUUGGACCUCAGGCCAGAUGAAGGAUAAACGGCAUGAGAUAUUCACUGGUCAUUUCAUUGCAACACCUCCCAUCAAAAGCAGAGGGAGGCCUCUGGACACUUAAUGUCACCGAGUCAGCUCCAGAAUUGAAUUAAUUCUUUGCUUUUUAUUCGCGAGAGAUUGUUCUUAUAAACUUUGUCUGGUAGAUAUUCCGUUCAGAACAACUAACCUCAGGUUUUCGCGGAUGACUCCUAUUCUGUUUUAUAUAUAUCCCCAAAGGUGUAAGAGAUUUAUAGAGAUUCUGGGUGGGUACCACAAUAAACCAUUAGCUUUGUUACUUCGGAAGAAAAAACCCUUAAGGUAUGUUUAAAAAAAAAAUUCAAAAAUUAUAUUUCUCUGACCUAUUUUCAUCCCAAGAGCUAAUUAGGCCCUGUAUGCUCAAAAAAGAUCGUUCAAAACACAUGAUUUUUCAACUGUUCAUUGUCACUGUAUCACUGUAUUUUCUAACACCUUAUACUUCACUUAAAUACAUUAGGGACAAGAAAGGAGUAUUUGUCACUUACGUGGUAAGAUGCAAUAAUUCGUUCAUGAAAAGUUCAUUUUAGAGACAUACAGCAAAGCAUAUAAUUAUAUACAUCAGUACGUAUUUGAUUUCAUUGAGUACGUUGGUAUGGUCUAUCAUUUUCGACUAUCUUUUUUUUUUUUCGAUCUUUACAUCUUAGUCAGAGGACGGUAUUGCUUACAGGGAGGGUUCAAUUCACCAGGGAGACAAGUUGCUCGAAGUUAAUGGCGUAAAUCUCAAGAAGAGCUCUCAGGAAGAAGCGUGUAAAGCUCUUAGGGUGAGAAAAGGAUUCUUGGCUAAAAAAUAACCACAGGCGUCCCAAACUCAAUAUGUGAGCGCAUGUUAAAAAUUAACCACAUACAAAUCCCAUCCACUGAAGGAAAGCACUGGUUGUUUACUAUUCACAAAACGUUUCCCAAAAAUCUGGUUGGGAAGAAAAUGGAACACGACUUUUUGGGUCAGUACCUGCCGGAAACUUCCAGGAGCAACGGAAUAUCUGAAUAUGUACAGUCAUAAUUUUAAGUUCCGCACGGAAUGUUCCAAACGAAAAUUCGUAUUCCAUUUCCUCAAAGCCAUCUACGAUACCUGAGUUUGAGGUCUUCGCGCCGUUUUUUGGUACAGGCCGGAACUGAUUUGUAUCAAUGGUAAACGCGAUUCCCGGAAAAAAAAAAAAUUAUCGGCCCUGAAUUUUUGGUUUGCUUACCAUUUUCCAAAGCGGUGAACCAACAAGUUUUACUACGUCAGUAAAUACAAUAAUAAACAACCUCUGUGUACAAUUCCGUACCAUCAGGUAAAUAGUGUCAUUUCUUUGAGAACCUCAAAUCGUCCAGGGCUAAUGAAUUUUUACUUUUGUGUAGUGCACCUUCGGAAGAGUGAAUCUCAAGGUAGGGCGAAUUCCAUCGCUGUACGACUCUCUCACUUCCUCCACAACCAAGGAAUCUUACACAAACCAUGGGCUUGAAGACGAAGGAGGUAGGUAAUCUUCAUUUUGCGUUGUGCGAGGAGUUAAUCACCCCCGAUAAGGGUAUCCAAAACAGUCUUGAAUUCUAGAUUCCACGCCACGGAUUCCGGAGUCCGGAUUCCUGGUACUAGAUUCCAGUCUUUGUCAGUUGAACUUGGAUUCUGGACUCCAAUCGUUUGUGGGAUUCCGGAUUCUUUUAGCCUGCGCUGCAGACGUAAUUUAACUCGGGUUAGUAACGUCUGCGAAGCAGCCCCAAAAUCCUUGUUCUGGGCCUCCAACAGACUCGAAAAAAUUACCAGAAACGCGUUUCGAAUUUCCCUUCAAACUGAUUGGCAAAUCUGCUGAUGGCUUUUUAGUUAGGCCGAAUCAUGGCGCUUACUCAAAUCCUGGUACACAAGUAGGGCCUAGAACAAGGAUUUCAGCGCUGUUCGCAGACGGACUUAGCCAGAGUGUAGUUUCGUCUGGGGCGCAGGCUAGAUUCAUUGACCUGUAUCUCGGAUACCAAAGCCAAGGAUUCCGGAUUCCUAAUUGCAUUUGCAUAAGCAUUGUUUUCAAUUUUUGUUGGGACGGCUGUAAUACUCAAAAGAAAUGGAAAACAAAGGUUAGGCAAAAUUUCUGGGGGGCAAAAAUAAGGUGCAUUAUUGACUAUUUUCCAAUUGCCCAUAAUACACUCUGUCUGCCCACCCAAAUUUUGCAUAACUUAUUGUCUUAAAAUGCUCUUGGGAAAAUGCAAUACUCCCAGGAGCAUUUAAAAACAAUGGUUUAUGCAGAAUUUGGGGGGCAAACAGAGUGUAUUAUGGGCAAUUGGAAAAUAGAGAAAAGGAGAUGUGCAAGUGGCGUAUUAAGGAAAAGCAGCAACAAGGUUAAUUAUUUCCAAUGGAGAGGGGCACCUUUCAAGAUUCUGCUGCCAAGUUAUUUAAUGCCUUCGGGCUAAUGUUAGAAAAUGUAGCGAUUUCAAAGUAUACUGUUGGGAAGUUAAUGUCUACCUAUUAAAUAAAAUAUGUAAAUAGUUUUGUAUUUUUAAACAUUUUUUGUACAGGUAUUACUAUUACUAUUACUAUUUCUUUUUUAAUUUUAAUCUUUGUUACAUUUUUAUACAAAUUCUUUCAUAGGCCUUAUAUACUAUUGCUUUUUAUAUUGUAGAUUUUAUAAUUUAUAUUGCAUGUAGUAUAUUGUAGAUUUCAUAUUUCAUUUUGUAGUUUUUCACAGGUGAAGAUAAGAGCCACUAGGUGGAUAUACUGUUAAUAAGCCAUUAUUAUUAUUAUUAUCAUUAUUAUUAUUAUUAUUACUAUUAUUAUCAUCAUUAUUAUCCGGAUUCCCUUACAUAAUAAUAAUAAUAAUAAUAAUAAUAAUAAUAAUAAUAUUAUUAUUAUUAUAAUAAAAUAACAAAUUUACCCAGGAUUACUGCGUCAGUUUAGAAAAACUGCUACCUUACCUGACGUUUUAUUAGUUGUAUACGAUCAUUCUCAUUCUCGUUAUCAGUAAGAAGAGGAAAACGAUAAUAUCUCGCUUUGCCUUUUCUGAUAGGACCAAAAUCGAAUUUUCGUCGAUGGAAUAGCUAUGGAUGGGGACAAAAGAAGAAGAAGAAGAGCCAGAUACCUCGUGAAAAUGGCAAUGAGGUGUCAUCAAGAAGAAGAUCGCUAAGCUGCCGAGAUUAUGGCCGGGAGUCUGACUUUGACUUAGAAGGACUGGAACGAGUUUCUUCUGAACAUGAUGUUAGAGGUAAUGCUGCCCGUAUUCGUCGCUGAGAAAAUGUGUUGUUUGUUUUCUUUCGACGCCUUUGUUAUUUUUUGUUGCAUUCGAAUUUACCUUUGAAGCAGUGCUUCAGAUAAGUCUGCGACUAUUAGUCAGUUCUGAUUCCCUGCGUGUGAUGAAGUUUGGUGAAAACGAUAUUGGUAACAACGAUGGUGAAGGUAUUGGUGACAAUACAAUAAUAAUGAUGAUGGUGAUCAUGACGAUCAUGGUGAUGAUGAUGGUAGUAAUGAAAGAAGUCAUGAUGAAACUAUAUAUCAUUAGAAAAUCCAACUAGUGGUCUAUUAUCAAUGCUGCGUUCUGAUUAGUUGAGCUACUACUAGGCUAUAUGUUAUAGCCCACUAGUAGCGAAAAGCGCCGGCAAUUUGGUGGGCAAAAUAUGAUUUCAGUUUAGCUUUAGCUAGCUAAAGUUGUUUUGUCUCGAUAUUUUUGACCAACUAGAUGGAUUUUACUAAAACAAUUAUACCUCUCGUCCUCAUGGUCUCUAAGUAAAUGGCCCAUUCGGCCUUCGGCUCAUGGGCUAUUGACUCAGAACACAUUCGGACUUGAGGAAUAAUUGUUAAUUAUAACAUUAAUUGUCAUAAUCAGGGAUUGUGUAGAUCAUGACCAAGAUAAUAGAGACCUUUAGAUUGCUUCUGAGAGAAAAGGACGACAACGCGACGAGAUGAUCUCAAUAGUAAGUAGUGCGAGCGCGUAAAUCAGCUUCAUUUUGGCGGGAAAACUUGAUAGCCGUCAUUCUACUAAGAGUUUUAGAAAAAUAACUAAAAAUGUACGUCACGGUAGGAACUGCUUUUGCACUUUUCAUUUGAGCUCAAAGUUUGCAGUUUGCAGGAUGGUCGGACUUUGUAUUCCAAACAAUCGUAUGUUUUUUGUUUUUCGAUUUUAACGGUUUUUGGCGGGAAAAUGACAUCACAAGAUUGACAGCAAAAUUUAAAUUUUAACUAUGGCGUAAGAAAUAAUUUUAGGUAAUUUAUAAGAGGCUAGCAAGAUGGAAACAAAUGUGAAAUUUUUUUUUGAAAAGCUCAAUUAGUUAAGGAAUUAUUAAGCCGUUUUUAGAAACAAAAGCCCAUUUCGAAAUUCUCUAUCUCCUAAAGCAAUUGAGUUUUUCAAACAUUUUGUUUCUAUCUCGUAACCCUCCUUCAAAAUUACCUUUUUCUUAAGCCAUUAGUGAAAAUUUAAAUUUUGCUGUCAAUCUUGUGACGUCAUUUUCCCGCCAAAAGCCAUUAAAUUGGAAAAACAAAAAACAUACGAUUGUUUGGAAUACAAAGUUCUACCAUCCUGCAAACUUCCGCACAAAGGUAUAAAAACUGCAAAAGUAGUUCCUGAGUGGCCACAUUUGGCGUCCUGUUGGCCCACCGCGUGACGGAAACAAGCUAAGUUAUUAAAUGUCAGUCGUUUUAUCAUUUUGCGAUCGGGGAUAGGGCUUAGCCUCCUUCAACUAAAUAACCAUGUAGACAUAUUAAAUUCUGCAAUCAGAAUACUGCAAUGCUGAUCGAACUAUGUGAAAAUUAACUCUGCAAGACAUCUACACGACACCGAAAGAACUCAAAACAGAGCGGGAUUGUAGCCAUAGACAGCUGUUUCGCCCUUUUUGGGGCUCGUCAGUAUGGCGCAACAACCAGAGAAAACAGAUUUAAUCUGUCUAACAUUAUUAUUUUUGCUGAUCAGGUCUUUAUAGAUCCUACGUUCUUCGGCAUAUUCGUUUGCGGUCCUUUGCAGUCCCUUGUGGUUAAUGUUUGUACUAAAUAAUCAUGUUAACUUUUCUGAUAUAAAAAAGGUAUCUAUUCUUGACGACAAGUCAAGAUAACCAUUAUUUUGGUCAUAGUGGUGAAAAAUAAAAGUUUAAAGAUAAAGAAACUAAACGCAGCUCAUUCGAAUAAUCGACCUCCAGUUUUUGUUAUUAUUCUCAGGAAAUGCUCCAACUUUAAAAUCCAGCGCAAAAAAGGAGGAACCGAAGGAGAGGUUUAGAUAUAUACAUCCGGACAGGAUUGAAUUGACUCUAGCACUGGAUCAUCAGCAAAAACAAAAACCCUGUCGAAAGGAAGGUAAGUUCAUCUAAAGCGACACCUGAAACGAUCAGUACUGAUCAUGAGGGAUUUCUGUCUAACUGACAGAAUUCCGUAAACAUCUAAACUGUUUCAGCAAUGCUGAUUGUACAAUGAACAAUCACAACAAAGAUCAGAACACGAAAGCCAAUCCUUACAACCACAAAAUACAGUACCAGAAACCGCCUUAUUUCAACUCAAGGAAGUGGUUGAAUGUAAAUAAUUACUCAAACAUGCUUUGAGCAAUCAGGCUUUAUCGAUUUCAUAAGCUAUUGUGGUGGCUCUCUUCUAUUUCAUAGUAUUAUAUAUAUUAUACUACUACAUGAAAAAUUUCUGCAAUUUGAUUGGCUUAGAGCAGUGGUAUUUCAGCUUAAUUUGAAAUACCUUCAUGUGAAAAUUACAAACCUUUUGCGGGUAGUAGAUGAUGAUGAUGAUGAUGUUGAUUGUCUCAAAUUUCACCCGCCUAACGGAUGACGUAUAACAAUUUUGAAAUAUGAUGAUGAUGACGAUCAUUAUAGUUUCAUAUUUUCAUGAUGAUGAUGGUGAUGAUGUUGAUGAGAUGAUGAUGAUGAUGAUGAUGAUGAUGACGAUCAUUAUAUCAACUAUUCUUUAUUCACAGAUUAUGUUUAAAGGAAGCAAAUGAAAUGGACGUGUAGUCAUUCCAAUUAGCGUUAUCUUAACUUCAUUGCACACAUGAUUAAUCUUUAUCUAGCUGCAUAUUUACGAU